AGUCCAUUGCAUUUCGCAGGAGUAGCCUAUCUUGCUCCGCUAUAAGAUCUUUGGUAAACACUGCCCUGUCCCUCUCCCCACCAAAUGCUGGAGUAAAUCAGCGGGCCGGGUAACAUCUCGGGAGAAGAGGCAUUGGCUGCCUGACCCGCUGAGUUACUCCAGCAUUGUUGUGUCUAUCUUUACAAUCUGCAGAUUUGUGCAAAGAAAUGUACCGGAAAUCGCCGCUUUUCCAUCCGAGCGAAAGUGAAACUUCACCGCCCGCGACAGCAAUGGCGAGCAUAGACGUGCUACAGUCGAUGAAAGAUGAGGCGCUUUGCCCCAUCUGCUUGGAUUUCUUUGUCGAUCCUGUAACGAUAGACUGCGGCCACAAUUACUGCCGGACCUGCAUCGUCCGGCACUGGCAGUCGGAGCGAGGGACAACCACUUGCCCGCAGUGCCGGGCGCUGCUGCCCGAGAAGACGCUCAGACCCAACCGGUUCGUGUCCAACAUCGUGGAGAAUGUAAUGAAGCUGAGGCUGGACAAGGCGGUGGUUCAGACGGAGCUCCGCUGCCAGGAGCACGACGAGAGGCUGAAGGUUUACUGCAGCGAUGAUCGGAGGCCUAUCUGUGUGGUGUGUGCCACGUCCCGCGAUCACCAGGGCCACUCCACCAGCCCGAUUGGCGAGGCCGCUGAACUCUAUAAGGGAAUGGUACGGAAAAAAAUAGAGUCCCUCAAUGAACAAAUGGUUGAUAUCUGUAAAAGUCAGGAUGAAGAAGAGGAAGAUGUCAAUAAACUGAAGAAAGAAUCUGCCGCUCUGCAGAAGGACAUUGAAUUUAAGUUCAAAGAAUUGCACCAGUUUUUGCACCAGGAAGAGAAAACGCUGAAAACAAAACUGGAGCAAAAGGAAAAUGCCAUAUUGCAACAAAAAGAUGAAAAUCUAAAGAAAAUCUCCGAACAGCAUGCGUCAAUUAAGCAAGCAAUCUCAGACAUGCAAGGAAAACUGAGUCUAGAAGAUGCAGAAUUUAUGCAGGAUAUUAAUAAUAUUCUUGGCCGGUGUGAAAACAUGCAGUUCCAGAAGGCCGCCAUAGUUUCCAUUGACCUCAGGCAAGAUGAUAUCAGCGGCCCCUUUCAGUUCAACCUGUGGAAACGGAUGCUGAAGCUAAUUAAUCCAGUCCCAAUCAAACUGAAGCUGAAUCCGGACACUGCGCAUCCGAGACUCAUCCUGUCCAGUGACCUGACAGCCAUCAGACUUGGUGCUAAACAGAAGGUCCCUGACAAACCAGAGCGAUUUGUGCAGUGGCACGGUGUCCUGGCAUCUCAGGGCUUCAAUACUGGGAGCCACUACUGGGAGGUCGAGGUCGGAAGGAACACCAUGUGGAGUGUGGGAGUGGUAAAAGCAUCGGUACUGAGGAAAGCGGAGUUCACACCGGAACCAAAAUCUGGUGCCUGGGUAUUGUGGCGUCUGGGAGAGGAAUAUACCACUACGUCUUCACCACGUACUGCCCUCCCUGUUCCAGUCAAACCCCAGAGAUUGGGCAUCUACCUGAACUAUGAGGCUGGCCAGGUGACACUGUACAAUGUUGAUGACAUGUCACAUCUGUACACUUUCAGGGACAAAUUCACUGAGAAACUCUAUCCUUUCUUCUUAACGGGUUGCAAAAUUGAUUCAUUGCAAAUAGUCCACUUGCAUAUAUAGGUUUAAUUGGUGAACAUGGAACCAACCUUUAUGGGGAGACACUUGGGACGGGCCUACUUCCAGCGGUUAUCAAUGUUAAUCAGUGAGUCCAACACUGAUAAGUCGUUCCAACACCAUCUCUACCUGUAAACUGUUAUUAAUAGUGUUUAACUCCAUAUAUCUACUAGAUGGCCGGGGGACCCAUUGGGUCCCUGUCACACGAAAGUCCCGUUCCGCCAACGCAAUAUUCCACCACACUGCGCAUGCACGGCUGACGGGCAGCACUGUGCAGGCGCGACUGCUGCAUUCAAAGUUGUGCCGUUGACGGCAGAAAUUAAGUUAAAGUUAAUAAAGUGAAUAGAGAACCCGUGGAGCAGCUUGUAAAAUAGAACAAAACUUACUUGUGGAGACGUUGGGUCUCCGUUGUGAGGCCAGGCAAAUGCGAACGAAGUAAUUGGGAUGUCAAGAUGGCGGCAGGCCAGCUGCGCAGGCACGGACCCAUUGGGUUCACAUUGUGACGUCGAACGCGGCUGAUGGGCAGGGCAAGUGGUAAAGUGUUUUUUGUACAUUUUAAAAUGUCAAUAACUUGUAAAAUAUAACAUAAAUCUGAAUGAAACUUGUUUCAUUUACAUCGCAGGACAAUGGUGAAUAAGGUGGGCCAAAAAUUGGAGGCCUAUUUUUCUCAACUUAAAUAUGCACAAAAUUCUGGAAUGCAGAUAAAAGAGCAGCAAAUCUAUAGGCUUCAAAGCUAAUUAUUAGAAGUUAACGUGAAGGAGACUUCAUAGGCUAGUUAAAAGAAGGCUUUGAAGCCAAUUAUAAAAAGUUAAUGUGAAGAACUCUUUUAGAAUGUCUGAUAUUGAGGUUACUAUGUUCAUAAGCGUGUGUGUACGGGUGAUCACAAGUCGGCAUGAACUAUGGGCCGAAGGGCCUGUUUCUGUGCUGUAUCAUUCAAUUCAAUUCAAUAAAUCAUCUGCAACUU